ACUACUUCACCACGACCAUCAACUUUCGCAAUUUCAUCCACCCAUUCCACCACUGCAUCUCAUCUUCGUUGCGACACUUGAUCCGACUGACACUCUACACUCCUACUACUACUAUCUGGCUCAUCUUAGUCGUCCGCAAAAAUGGACUACCAAAACCGCGCCGGGUCGAAAUUCGGCGGCGGCGGCGUCGCCUCGCACUCAGCCACCAACGCAGACCGACGCGAACGACUUCGAAAACUAGCUUUGGAGACCAUCGACCUAGACAAAGACCCCUACUUCUUCAAAAACCACGUUGGAUCAUUCGAAUGCCGACUAUGUCUGACGGUCCACCAGAACGAUGGAUCAUACCUCGCCCACACGCAGGGGCGCAAGCACCAGACCAAUCUGGCGCGGCGGGCGGCGCGGGAACAGAAAGAAAUGCAAAAGGACGGAAACCAAAUGCUCCCCGGCAUGAUGGGAGUACAAGUGCGCAAAAACGUGGUCAAGAUUGGUCGUCCGGGCUACAAAAUCACCAAGAUCCGGGAUCCGCUUACUCGCCAGGUUGGGCUGUUGUUUCAGCUUCUGUAUCCGGAAAUCGCACCGGGUGUGCAGCCCCGCGUGCGGUUCAUGAGUGCCUUUGAGCAGAAGGUCGAAGAGCCGGAUCGAGAUUAUCAGUAUUUGCUUGUUGCGGCUGAGCCGUACGAGACGUGUGGGUUUAAGUUGCAGAGUCGGGAAAUUGACAGAAGAGAAGGGAGAUAUUGGACUUGGUGGGAUGCUGAUGCGAAGGAGUUUUGGUGUCAGAUUCUUUUCAAGACGGAGAGAGAUGAGCGGUAUAGUAAUGUUCCGGGGUUGGCGCCGAGUGGGAAGAAGUGAGGUGGAUGAUGCGGACGAUUAAAAAAAAGCGAAAAACGGACGGACAACACCGUGCCACAGGAUAUCCGGAGCAGUGCUGAAUUUGUUAACAGGGUCAGCACUAUGGCGCUGUGUUCCACUCCACUCGGGUUUCGCGGUGGCUUUGCGAGGUCCAACAUGCGAGUUGUGGACUGCGGCCAUUUUCGGCGUAUUGCUGCAUAGCAGUCUGGUCUGGCUUGCAGUGUUUGACUUGACCUGGCACACGGAAGAGCGGCCUGCCAGAUUACCAUGGCCAUACUGCAUGCGAUGCGGCUUAUAUGACUUCCGGGAAACACCUCGACCAACACCCGUGAACAGAUCCCGAAGUACGCUGGCGUUAGGCUGGCCUUGUCGGUUGCUGCUCUCUGAAAAGCCCGAUGACAGGGCAGCUCUUUAACCUCCUCAUCACGACCAAUUACUGUACUCUUACAACGGAGAUCAUAUCGAGCACCAGUGGCGACUCGACCUUUCAGCGCUUACAUCGGCUCAACCUUGCGACCCCCUGCGUAUUGCAGACUGAGAGAAGUCAAGAAGGGUGGAGAACAGCGUGCAGGAAUGCGAAGGAUAGGAUUGUCGGGACACCGAGUGACCGGUCAGCCUCGGGUUUCAUGAUACUACCUAGGUAGUACCCUGAGGUACAUAACGAGCUGCCACCAUCUACGGGCUGCUCCCAGCAAAGCAGAUUGACUCCUUGCGAUUGAACUACCAUGCGCAAAAGGAAAUCAACACCAAACCAACACAGAUUGAUUGAUUAUGCACCCAGUUGAUGGAAUUUGAUGAUGACGGUAGCAUCAAGCCAUCCGUCGUUUAAUCAUCAAUGAAGUCUGCUUUUCCCCUGCUACCUAAGUGCCUGCCCAAACGCCCUCAACAUGUAGCAAGCAAGUGUGCGCCGUAACUAUCAAUUACCGCCUGAUGAUCUCCCAUUUUCGUAUCAUUACUGCCCCAACUGCGCCUUUCCCUGCAUGACCACAUCGCCAUAUUCCUUGAGACUAAAAUCCCGAUCAACAAUACUAUCCCA